GUGCGCUAUUUUUGUUGCUUGUGGUCACGACAGUGAUAAUAUACGUUUGACGUAACGUCUUGGACACGGCGUAGUAUAUAAUUUUAUUUACGAAAGACUCUCUCUUCAACAGGCAUGAAUAUGAUCACCGCGAAAUAAUUUAAUGACUACAUCCAUAAAGCGAGUAUGUGCAGAAAAAAAGUUCAAAGUGACAGACAAUUUAACAACGUGGAUUAUACACAACUUACAGAAACCGAUAAUGGUUUCUUUGAUUCACAGUUUGUAAGCCCACCAGUAAAAAUACCAUGGAAAGCUAUUACGUUAGCAGCUUUGCUGUUCGUCGGAGGCACUAUUAUGCUCAUUAUGGGAAGCUUGAUUGUGAGUGGACACAUUGAUUCAAAAUAUUCAGAUCGGAUGUGGCCAGUGAUAAUUUUAGGGGCCUUGAUGUUCAUACCAGGGGCUUAUCAUAUGAGAGUAGCUAUUUUAGCGUAUCAGAAAGUACCUGGUUAUUCUUUUGAUGAUAUACCUGAAUUUGAUUAAGAUUUAUGCACAUGUGCACACAGUACUUAUUAAUUCUAUUUUUAAAAAUCACUUUAAUGAUAAGAAAUCUUUUGCUUAUAUAAUAGUAUUAAGUUUUUAAGUUGCAUAAAGAAUAUAUAAAAAAGUAUAUAAAAAAAUAUAUUUUUUGUGCUAUUUUGUAUAGUCAAAAUAGGGAAAUGAAACGCAUUUCUAGUAAUUUAUGAUUAUUACCAUUGUGUUCCUGUA